AUGCCCAACAUUUUCUCCGAGGCCGUGCCGUUUAGCGUCUCCUACGCUCGUACUGAGCCACAGAGCCACUUAGAUGGACAGUACAUAGCGAUUAUCGACAAGUACGAAAAGCCCUGGUCCAUCAAGUCCGCGACCGGUCCUGCUAGUAAGUUCCAAGAGCUACCGGAGAUUGGUUGGUUGAAGCUGUGCGAGAUUUUCAAUGGGUCUCUUUCUAAAGGCAUAGUGAAAGUCCGCAUACUGCUGUCACCACACGUCAAGCUACUAUGGACCGGUAUAAGAGUACACGACCUGAGCAUCCCGAUCACGGUCAAGAAGACUCAUAUCCCCUACAAGCUGGCCAACAGCGGCGGCGUCUUUUCCAACUGUGACGGGAAGCGGUCCGUUAUUCACCAGACGGGCGGCGAAAGCCUGAGCGUGUGCGCAUCAACCAAUAGCAGCGGCGAGGAUUGUGCCUCCCCCGACGUCUGCGGAUACGAUUCGGGAGACCUAGAGACCGUCAAGAAGGCAUUGUUCAUUGUGUAG